GCUGAGGCUGAAGUGGCUUUUCUAAAGCUGGUGGAGGAGGAGCUGGACCGAGCCCAGGAGCGCCUGGCCACUGCCCUGCAGAAGCUGGAGGAGGCUGAGAAGGCAGCUGAUGAGAGCGAGAGAGGCAUGAAGGUCAUUGAGAACAGGGCCAUGAAGGAUGAGGAGAAGAUGGAGCUCCAGGAAAUGCAGCUGAAGGAGGCGAAGCACAUAGCGGAGGAGGCUGACCGCAAAUACGAGGAGGUUGCCCGUAAGCUGGUCGUCCUUGAGGGAGAGCUGGAACGCUCGGAGGAGAGGGCAGAAGUGGCAGAGAGCCGAGUGAGACAGUUGGAAGAAGAGCUGCGGACCAUGGACCAGACUCUCAAAUCCCUCAUUGCCUCAGAGGAAGAGUAUUCCACCAAAGAGGACAAGUACGAGGAGGAAAUCAAGCUUCUAGGGGAGAAACUGAAGGAGGCUGAGACCCGAGCGGAGUUUGCAGAGAGGUCUGUGGCGAAGCUGGAGAAAACCAUUGAUGAUCUAGAAGGUAAAAUGUCCCUGCUGGCCCCAUGUCCCUCUUUCCUGGGGAGCACUUGCCAAGACGUACUCCCG